AUGAAUGGGGAUGGGGAAGGAUUUGAUGAAGGUGUGAAAAUGGAGAAAUUGGUAUUCAUGUGGGGAUAUUUGCCAGGGGCAUUGCCUCAGAGGUCGCCGCUACUGUCCCCAGUGGUAGUGCGACUACCACCUUCGAGUAUCGCCGGAACUUCCUGGAAGGAUGUCUGUGGUGGUGGUUGUGGUUUUGCCAUGGCCAUUUCAGACUCUGGAAAGCUCAUUACUUGGGGUUCAACAGAUGAUUUAGGUCAAAGCUACGUGACAUCUGGGAAACAUGGGGAAAUGCCAGAGCCUUUUUCACUUCCUACGGAGACUCCAAUAGUGAAAGCUGCUGCCAGUUGGGCUCACUGUGUUGCUGUAACAGAGAGUGGGGAAGUUUACACUUGGGGAUGGAAAGAGUGUGUUCCCUCUGGAAAGGUAUUUGGUAGCCCACCAACUGGGUUAAGCAUAGAGAAGGAUGUAUUUGAGAAACAGAGUUUGUCGACUGAGCAAGCGAGCCCUCGUUCCCAGGGAUCAAGAUCCAGUGGUGGGACAGUCUCUGGUAGUGACAGUAGAGGCGGGGACGAGACUACAAAGAGGAGAAGGGUAUCACCAGCUAAGCAGUCAGCUGAAAGCUCAUCAUCAGGUGAUGAAACUCUUUCAGCAUUGCCAUGUUUGGUAACACUUAACCCCGGAGUAAGGAUUGCCACUGUUGCUGCUGGCGGUCGGCAUACACUUGCAUUGUCAGAUAUAGGACAGGUGUGGGGCUGGGGAUAUGGAGGUGAAGGGCAGCUGGGAUUGGGUUCUCGUAUCCGAAUGGUGUCCUCUCCACAUCCUGUACCAUGCAUUGAUUCCUCUUUCGCCAGAGAUCGCUCUAUGACCCUUUCUCGCGGGAGCAGGGGUUCAGAGGGUCAAGGUUAUAGAGUUCCUGGAAAUUAUAUUAAAGGAAUUGCAUGUGGUGGAAGACACAGUGCAGUAAUUACCGAUGCUGGUGCACUUUUAACCUUCGGCUGGGGAUUGUAUGGACAGUGUGGCCAAGGAAGUACAGAUGAUGAGCUAAGUCCUACUUGCGUAUCUUGCUUACUUGGAAUUAGGAUAGAAGGUGUUGCUGCAGGGCUUUGGCAUACUGUCUGCAUUUCUGCUGAUGGUGGUGUAUACACAUUUGGCGGGAAUCAGUUUGGUCAGUUAGGAACUGGUGCUGAUCAAGCUGAGACAUUGCCUCGACUCCUGGAUGCUCCAAGUUUGGAGAAUGCGAAUGCAAAGAAUGUAUCAUGUGGAGCUCGUCACAAUGCUGUAGUCACAGAUGAUGACAAAAUGUUUUGCUGGGGCUGGAACAAGUAUGGUCAGCUCGGUUUGGGAGAUGUGAUUGAUCGCAAUAUUCCUACUCAAGUUCCAAUUGAUGGAUUCAUACCAAGAAACGAUUUCUUUGACUCUGGGCCAAAUCGGUUCCGCUCCAAAUCUUUCGUGAUCCAUAAGGCUGCUGAAAUUGAUACAAUAAAGGGGAUCAUCUCUUCUCAAGAUGAAGGCUUUAAUUCUCGUAGGAGGGUUUGGCACUCGAUUGAGGCCAUUGACUCUUAG